AUGGAUGAAGCAGGGGAUGUGCUUCCUAUGUACGAGUUCGAAAUCCCUAACACCUUAGUUGGUUUAGUAAUUGGAAUCAAAGGAAAAACAAUAAAGGAGUUGAGUUCGAGAACAGACGUUCGAAUGCUGAUACGACAACAUCACACCCCAGAGAAGGUCGACACCCAUCAAAUAUGUCAAGUUCGCGGUAAACGGGAACAAAUCAAUCGUUGUCUACAGAUGUUGCGCAGACGAUUUCCACCUGCACGAUUUCCAGAAUUAAAUUUGCAACCUGUUUUACCACCACCACUUGCAAGCAAUUUAUUCGAUGCUCUAGCUUCACAACCUAGCUGGCUUACUCUGCCAGAUGCGAUACCAUGUGAGGUUGUGUGCUCUUCGGUUAUUGAUCCCGGACACUUUUUCUUACAACAACCCACACAUCCCUCGUUUUCGUCGUUGUCCCAUCUCGACAUGUAUAUGAUACGCUUGUAUAGUCAAGGAUCAGACAUCCCAGACUUGCCGAAACCUUGUCAAACUGGCCUUCUGUGUGCGGCUCCUGUGCUUGGAGCAUGGUUCCGUGCAGUAACUGUAAGUUACUACCCAGAGAGUGAUGAAGUUAUGCUAAGAUUUGUUGAUUAUGGAGGCUACACUCGAUUACCCAGAAGCGAACUGCGACAAAUUAGGACGGAUUUGAUGUCGUUGCCGUUCCAAGCUAUUGAAUGCUACCUGGCUCACGUCCAACCAAUUGAUGGCACAUGGCAAUGGGGAGAAGCUGCAUUCGCUCAUUUCCAAAAGUUAUGUAUGGGCAAAGUCAUCAAUGCAACAGUGGUCGGUUUCAAUGUCCAUGAUAAAGUUCCCAUGGUUGAGUUGACGGUACUGGAUGAAGAGAGCAAGCCGAUACGCGUGGAUAAGGAUUUGAUGGAAGCUGGAUUCGCAAAAGCAUCCGAUCCAUCAAAAUUACAAAAAGUCUCGGCAACUAAGGGCCGUCCAUUGUCAACCAACCCUACGCCCAUGGUAGCAGCUGUUUGA